AUGUCAUUCAACGACCUCGAACGCGGCUCUUCCUCUCGUCGGAGUGGCCCUGGUGGUGGCGGUGGAGGCAGUGGAGGCGGUGGGUCUCGCAAAACGCCUCUACCUCUAUAUCGCGAUGAAGUCUCCAACUCUCUCCCGCCCGAGUUCGAGAAGUUGACCAACAAGAUUGGCAUCCAGAUCUUCAAGAUCAAUUCCAACGUCACGGCGAUCCAAAAACUCGUUUCGCUCUCAUCGUCCAACAACACUUCUGCCAAAGCGGCGGCGCAGGAUUGGAGUAAACGCAUCAACGACUUGAUAGAGACCACGCGCGAGCUCGUCAAAGAUGCUACCACCGACAUCAAGCAGCUCUCGACCUUCCCGCUUGGUCCCGCGAAUGGCGCUGCCAAACUCACGCAGGGCAAGCUGCAGCGCGAUUUCCAGACGGCAGCUCUGCAAUUUCAACGCGUACAAAAGGAGGCUGUCGCAUCCACGCGCGCAAAGCUGGAACAGGACAAGCAAAAGGAGCGACAGAUGCUCAAGUCGCGCAACUCGCAGCAGCUGCUCAUUGACGCCGAAGAGUCGGAUCGUACGUCCCCCUCGAGUGGUGCUGAGGGUGGCCUGCAAGCUGAAGCGCUCGACUUGGUACCCGAGGGCCCCACCCAAGCGGAUCUCGAGUACCAGGAGUCGCUCAUCACUUCGCGUGAGGCCGAGAUCCGCGAGAUCGAGUCCGGUGUCCAGGAGCUCAACGAGAUCUUCCGCGAUCUAGGCAACAUUGUGCAGGAGCAGGGCGGCAUGAUCGACAACAUCGAGUUCAACAUCAACUCGAUCGCUGACAACACUGCGGGCGCAGAUCGAGAGCUAGUGGUGGCACACGAGUAUCAGAGGAGGGCGGGGAGGAGAUGCAUUGUCCUCUUGUUGGUGGUUGGAUUUGUUGUGGCGAUCGUGGUGCUAGCCAUCCUCGGCUAG